AUGUCGCUAAUACUUCCUCGGACACUGCCCAAGAAGACAAUUUUAUGUACUUUUGGGACUUUCUUCGAGAAGUAUGCCGCGGGGCCGCCGAAAGGCCUCUGCGACAUCAUUUUCUGGGACUUCUUCUACAACUCUGAAAGGGGCACCUUUCUCAACCGCAGCUCAGCCGGGUGGCAGUGGUUUCUUGGAUUUGUCCGGAGGGACAGCGGAACCACCCAAUUCGGAAUAGGAAUUGACCACGGCAAUAUCCUUGAAGCCUACAACGACCUAAACGUUGCCGCUGGAUUGAGCACAUUUAGCUACUUAUGGAACACGAACAUCCGGCAUUACGGACUGCUCAAGUUACAAAUGCACGACGCUCUCGUAACCAACAGAAGUACCUUCCAGGACUACGAUACACUUUUCAAGAGACUGAGAGACCUCCAAGAGGUGAACAGAGCCGGGGACGUUCAUAAAUGUGGAUACAUCAUCCUCGGAGUCGGCCUUUUUGCACCCACAACAGGCAAAGCCUACGACUACCUGGAAGAACUUCUUCGCACAACCGAAAAGGCUAUGUUUUAUCUCUUCCAAAACUAA